AUGUCGACUAAACUUUCUCAACGCCUCGCUCGCACUGCUACUUUGUCACCGACAUCUCUAGUUCCCCGAUCCAGCAGACUUAUACCCAUCAUAUCAUCAGCUGCUGUACGAUCAUCAUCCGCCAUCCCAAUCAGACGACCCUUCUCGACAACUGAAGCCCGCCACCUCGCCAACGUACAAGCCGGUAUGGACAAGAUACGAGACGCCAUCGCCGAAAACUUCGGCGGCCCCGCCCACAACAUCGGCACCACAUCCUUCUCCCUCGACGACACCCCCGACCUAAGCGGCAAAGUGGCCGUCGUCACCGGCGGCUCCGAAGGCAUCGGCUACGGCGUCGCCUACACCCUCAUCAAACACAACCUCUCCAAACUGUUCAUCCUCUCGCGCAAGCGCGAAGUCUUCGACGGCGCACUAGCUUCCAUCGCGUCCGAGCUCGGACAAGACAAAGCCGAUCGCGUGCACUGGAUCCAGUGCGACCUAGAAGACUGGGCGCAAACCGCCGUAGUAGCCGAGCAGAUCAAGAAGGACACGGACCGACUCGAUAUUCUGGUGAAUAAUAGCGGUAGGGGCAUCAUGACGGCCGGACUGACGAGUUACGGGGUGGAUAAGCACAUGGCGACGAAUCACAUGGGACAUGUGGUUCUGACGAGCCAUUUGCUGCCGCUUUUGCAAAAGACGGCGGAAGAAACGGGCGAGACGGUGCGCAUCAGUAAUCAGAGUUCCAACUUGCAUAGUGCGGCGCCGAAGGGGACGCAGUUCAAGAGCCUGGAGGAGAUUAAUGAGGAUGUGGGGCCAAAUGGACAGUAUGGGCGGAGCAAGUUGGCGGGGAUUUUGUAUGCGAGGUAUUUUGAUAGGGAGGUGACGAGAAAGAUGGAUACUGGAAAGAAAGGGAGGGUGGUGAUGAAUGCGACGCAUCCGGGGAUUGUCUACCCCAUCAGCGGAUACGCUGUGUCCCAUCUCGCGGAACCGUUCAAGAAGGACCAGUUUGAGGGCGCGGUGCCAACGGUGUACGCGGUCACCAUGGCCAACGAGGGCGGUCAGUGGAUUUGCGCGCCGGCCAAGGCGGAGGCGGGCAGUGACCUUGCGCAGAGCGACGAGUUGGCGGAUAACUUGAUGGAGUUGACGAGGAAGAUUAUCAGUGAGAAGACGUGGCCCAAGUCGGUUGCGAAGGGAUGUCCGAUGGAUGAUGUGGUUGUGCAUGUUUAA